GAUAUAAGUGCGAGUGGACACCGCGCCAGCCCAGUGCCGCUGCCUCCAGCCGAUGACAAAGUCACCCAUGAUGGGGAGAAAGGCAUUAAUAGCGGUGUUAUGCUGUAUAGCGUUUAAUAGAAUCUCAGCUAAGGCCGUGAAAUCUGAAAGUGGUGUUGGACUUAUAGACAAUAUCAGUGCUGAAAGUGUUCCUCAACUAUAUCGCAAUGUUCCCAACGGAGUGUACUCUUAUGCCAGUGCCACCCCCUACGCGGCCUACUCUUUCCACGUGCCGCAGUUUGUUGCUCCCAAUUUCAACCAAAUAGUUCCACUGAAUCAAGAAAGAAUAUUGGCGCAGAGUACCAACAACUACUUGAAGGACUCCUAUGGACAAAGAUUCGUGGAGGCGCCUCAGGCCUACGCUGCGUACAAGGCUGCGUUACCUCAGCAGUUCGUUCCGCUGCAGAAGUUACCCGCGCAUCUUAGCCAGCCCUUGGUAGCGGCCGCCCCGAGCGCUCAAUAUGGACAACACUUCUUUGGAGCACCAUUCAGAUUAGCCAAUUUGCAAGCUGUUUCGCACGAGCAAACGAAUCCUUUCGGCAUUUCACAGCCGUUAGUGUACGCACAAAACGUACGAACGCAGGUUGCGUCACCAGGACCUAAGCCUCAGGCUAAAGGACAGCCCGUAGUUCAGCAGCAAUCUACUAGAAACAACAAUGUAUACGCUGAUGUCCACAGUGCCCGCUACAGUAAUUUCUGGAAUGAACCAAAAGCUCAAGUAACUCAGGAAGAACCAAAAAUUUCUGCCAGUGACCAUAAUGAAAAUCAACAAAUAGUACAAAGUUUACCAUUAGUUCAUGAACCUAAACAAACCACAAUCACAUCUUUUAGUAAUGGCAAGAAAACAGUUGUUAAUUUGAUCACUAAACCACCUGUGCCACUCCUUGAUUUGACGUUGUUGGAGCCGUUAACUUUUGAUAAUCCACUGGUGCCUCAAGUACAACACUUUCUACCAAAAAUUCACUCAGUCACAUAUAAAAAGUUACCCGAAUUAAAACAAAACAAUCAGCAAAAAGUAAUUACAAUCAAACGGAAAACAACAAAAAAGAUUAAAAAACAAAAGAAACCAAAGGUUUCAAAGGAUGAGAUCGAAGUUAAUCAUAUACCUACUGUAAUUGAUGCUGAUGAACAUCCUGAAUUAUCCUAUGAGGUUAAGUCGCCUAAUUAUAAAGAGACUUACACAGAAAAGAAGGUAAGUUAUAAUAAAGAAACCCAAUCAAAGCCUGUUCAUGUAAGUUACGAAAAGAAAACAGAGAUGAAACCUGUGACUUAUUCUUAUGGAAAAACCACUCAAAACGAGCCAGUGCAUUAUAACUACGUUCAAACCUCGAAUGAUCCUGCACAAAUUAAACAAGCGUACCUUGAGGAUAAUAAAGAAAAAACUAAACAUCUUAUUUAUCACUUUACACCUGAGGAGCUAAGUGACGAAAAUAAUCAGCAGAGUAGUGAUACUAAUCCACCUUUAGAGUCAGUUGAAAUUUAUGAAGAAAAUCCUAACGAAAGGGUCACAGAAGAUAAUAAUCAGCAGCAACAACAUCAUCAACAACAACAACAACACGAACCUCAACAUCAACAACAUUAUGGUCCCCAACACCACAAUCAACCCCAACAACACCACCCACAACAUCACCCUCAACACCACCACCAAGAACAACAUUACACAGAACAUAAACGAAGUCACGAUCCCGAACAACAUCAACAUCAGCAUCAACAAUACCAACAAAAUUUGAAGCCCCAAAAUCACCAGUAUCAACAACACCAAAAACACGAAGCAGUACCUCAUAAGCGUGAACACCAUAAUCAUCAAUCCCAACACCAAUAUGAACAACACAAACGUAACGAACACCAUGAACCACAACAACACCAGUACCAACAACACAAACAAAACGAACACCACGAACCACAACAACACCAGUACCAGCAACACAAACAAAAUGAAUACCAUGAACCCCAACAACACCAGUACCAACAACACAAACAAAACGAACACCAUGAACCUCAACAUCAUCAAUACCGACAACACGAAAAACAUGAACCGCAACAAAAUCAAUAUCAACAACAUAAGCAACACGAACCAAAACAAAUAAACGAUAAUGCAAAACAUGAGUUAGCAGAGGAAGCAUAUAACCAAUCCAAGGAAAACUUCAGAGACGAACCUGACCCUGAAGACAGAGAGGCAGCUUACUAUGAAAACCCAAAACAAAACAACCAACAUGAGCACAGACAGGAAGCAUACUAUGAAACUCCCAAGAAUGCCCAUGUAGAGGCCCGUGAAGAAUCUCCAGAACUGAUAGAACAUAAAUCUCCUGAACAGGAUGAAAAACAGUAUGAAGCUAUAGUUCCUGAGUAUGAAGAAGAUAUAACAAUAGUACCAAAUCAUCCACCACAUGCUCCGGAACGAAGCUCAAACAUUAAACAUAAAUCUCAUCCAGAAACACAUAGUGAAGAAGUACAUUACGAUUACCCCAAAUCAUAUUACUCCUCUCAAGCAGAACCAGAAGAAAAAUCAAAUCGCAUUAUCGUUAAGGAUGACCCUCCACAACCCCGACAAGAAGAAUACAAGCCUAAUGAUGAACUGAUAGAAGCGAUGGUUAAAAAGCAAGAGGAAAACGAGGACGAUUUCGAACAAGCCUAUAAAGACGCAGCUUAUGGAUUCCCUGCGUAUGACACGCCCGUUAGAAACGUCGAUACAGAGAAAGAGAUUUAUAACCCAGCGAACUAUGGCGUUCCUCGAUUCCACAAUGAUUUUGGCCAAGAUAAAAGUCAGUUACGGGAAUACGAGCCUGCCGGUGACGAUUAUCCAUCACAAAUGCGCUCGAAUUAUGAAGACACAAGAGACAAAAUGAACGCAGAUUAUUAUACAGACUACGCAGGGAGUGGACCCCAGAGCCUAGUUGAUCGCAAAAAGAAAAAGGAACAGUAUUAUGACAAUUAUAAUGAACACAAACCACAAAAGUACUAUUCGAAAGAGGAUUCAGAUAAACAGCAAAGCGCAAAGUACUCAGUACCCGCUUACAGUUACCCCGGAGCUCCGGAGCAGAAGAAGUUUGCGAAAUUUACGAGUAGAAUUACACCAUUAGACGAAUACAACUACGCAAAGGAAAAGCCCGUCGACAGUUCCGCAUUUGGGACAGGAACAUAUUCGAGUAAAACACAGUUUUUAGCGCCGCAUUACCAAUAUGGGUUCGAACCUAUUAGAGUGUCCCGGUUACUAGAUCGAGAGUUAGCCGCCAUGGCUAGCGACGAUAGUCCGGAGACCGUCAAGAAGAUGUACAAAGAAAACUUUUACAUUGAAAAGUCAAGUACAUCAAAAGGCGGAAAAUUAGCAAGCUAA